UGCAUUCAAAUACCCAUAAUUCUCACGUAAACUGCAACGCCCUACAGCACAAAACUCAAAUCGCAGUUCCCGUCCAUCUGUCACCACCUCGCUCUCUACAUUGCGGAACCCUAUUCUCUCAUCGCGCUCUCGCCUCACCGGCGCCGCCAAUCCGCCGGCGAGCUAGGGCUUUCUGAUCACUGGCCUCUCCAGUUUCCCGCCACCAUGGGGGUCGACAGCGACGACGAGGAUCUCGUCGUCUAUGGGACGCCCAUCGAGCGAGAGGAGGACACCUCCGCCCGCAAGCGCCGGGCCGUCGCCGAGGCUGGCCAACUCCGCGCCCUCCCUGCCUGGAAGCAGGAGGUGAGGGAUGAAGAAGGAAGAAGAAGAUUUCAUGGUGCAUUUACUGGUGGAUUCUCUGCUGGCUUUUACAACACUGUUGGCUCAAAAGAGGGGUGGACACCACAGACAUUUACAUCAUCACGAAAGAAUAGAGCUGAGCUGACAAAGCAAAGCAUAUACAAUUUUCUUGAUGAAGAGGAUAUAAAGGAUAUGGGUGGUAAUGCUUUGGAGACAUCUCAGCAGUACGAUACCUUUGGUUUUACAGCUGCAGAGCACGCUCGAAAACAGGCAUCCAAGGAACAAAAGGAGAGACCAUCUGCUAUACCUGGUCCCAUACCUGAUGAAUUCGUGGUCCCCACCACAAAUUCAAUUGGUGUGACAUUGUUAAUGAAAAUGGGUUGGCGCCAAGGACGCUCUAUUAGGGACUCACAUGCUGAUUCCUUAUAUGAAUCACGCAGGAAUGCUAGAAAAGCUUUUCUUGCUCUCUCUGGUGCCAAGGAUGGUGAAGAUCAAGAUCAAAGUGCUGAAAAGCCUAGCUUAGAUAAAGCUGUUGUGGGGUCAGUCGGGGAAAUACCUGUAUCUGGAAAUACCCCUGUCUAUGUGCUUCAUCCAAAGCAGGAUUUUCAUGGAUUAGGUUACGAUCCAUUCAAGCAUGCUCCUGAGUUUAGAGACAGGAAAACAUUGCAGAAGUCAAGAGAGAGGGGCCGCAAACGAAAUGAUGUUUCUAUGAGGGGAAAUCUUCUGAUUUCUAACUCAGGACAUUAUGCUCCUGGUUUUGGGAUUGGAGCUCUCGAAGAACUUGAUGUUGAAGAUGAAGAUAUUUAUGCAUCAGGUUUUGCUUAUGAACAAACUGAAGUUGAUAUUGAGCCUUCAAAAACUGCCAAUGACAGUAAUUAUAAACUUGAUGACAGAAAAAGAGGUUUCUAUCUGAGCUUUAAGAUUGCCUCAAAUUCUGAAUACAAACUUGAACGGUUCCUUCCUCCUGAGAUCCCUGAUGAUUUUGAUGCUCAACACAAAUUUCCAACUCCAGUUCAAUCUGCUGAGAUGUUUUCUGACUCUGCUCCUCUUGAGGUUCCUCCACCAGAAGACACUAGCUUGACACUAUUGAUUGACGGCUGUGCAGCUAUGGUUGCACGUUGUGGGAAACAUAUUGAAGAUUUCUACAAGGAGAAAAGUAAGACAAACCCGCAGUUCCUUUUCCUAAGUGGAGGAGCUGGCUGUAACUAUUACAUGAGAAAGUUAUGGGAGCAUCAGCAAAAACAUAUUGGUCAGCGAUGGCAUGAUUCUGCAAAAUCAAAGACUUCUUCUGAUAAGUUGACAGCAGAGAAUCGUGGGAAAAUUCUUGGUGAAAGGCCCCUUGACAGAACUACUAAAGUACAUAGCCCAUCUCUUUCUGCAAAGGAAGCUGUUCAACUGCAAUCUAAUCUUACUGAGACAUUUGUCAAGCCAAUAUCCCUUGAUGGCCUACCAGAGUAUGAGAAGCCUUUUAGCAAUGAUCCUGCGAAACAAGUUAGAUUUGAGCAAUUUCUUAGAGAUAAAUACAAGGGAGGUCUUCGUGCUGCAAAUGUUACACCUACAAGUACUAUGUCAGAAGGUGAUCGUGCUCGGGAAAGGCUUGAUUUUGAGGCUGCUGCAGAGGCAAUUGAAAAGGGCAAGGGAAAAAAAGUUAUUGAUCCUUUGUCAGUGUUCUCUUUGCCUGGAAUGAAUGAGCAACGCUUUGUAGCGGCAACCCAACCAGAGAGCUCUGUAGUGAUACAAGAUGAGAAGCCCAUCUAUCCACAAAGGCAGCAGUUUGAAUGGCGGCCUUCUCCAAUACUGUGCAAACGUUUUGAUAUUGUUGACCCUUUCAUGGGGAAGCCAAUGCAUGUUCAAAGACCAAGGAGCAAGAUGGAGAACCUUAUCUUUAUGACAGAAUCCAACAAAGGAACAAAUGAUGAAGUGGAGAGCUCGAGUAGAAGUUUGCAGCAUGCUUCUAUGGAAGCGCUAUCUGAUGUUGAAUCACGAGGAGCCGCUACUGAUCCUGACUUUGAGCCCAGCAGCUUGCAAAGACCUGUUGAUCUUUACAAGGCUAUCUUUUCUGAUGACUCAGAUGAUGAUGCAGAUGAAAUUCUUAGCAAUCAACUAGUGGAUCCAGUGAAGACAAGUGAAGGUGCCAACAUGGCUCUCAAUCGUCUUGUAGCUGAGGAUUUCCUAGAAUCAUUGGGUAAAGAACUGGGAUUAGAAGUCCCGCCAGAAAGGCCUCAUGUUUCAUCUGAACCUGAAAAAUUUUCAGCUUCUCGGGCUAGUCUCUCAUCCCAGGAUGAAAGGAUAACAACUGCUCUCACCAAAGUAAAGGAGAAUCAGUGCUCUAUUGACAUUGUGCAAGUUGGCAAUAUCAAUGAAGAUACUCCAUUAGCCAGUGCUGAAACCCUUGGUAUGAAAUACGAGAAUCAGGAGAAUAGAACCGAGAAAAUCAGGUCUCGCCCUAUGAAUCGACAAAGCCAGAACCAUAGUCCAAGGUCUGAUUCAUCUAGCGAACGGCACAGGAGUUGGAAAAGGAGACAUCGUCACAUCUGGAAUGGAACUCCAGAAUCUGAGUCCGGUGAACGCCAUAGGAGCAAAAGAAAGGAGUCUCAUUCAAGACACAGAAAACGCAGGAGUAGAAGUCCAGGUAGUGAUACUCCCAGUGAUACCCAACAUGAGACAAAACGGAAGGAGAAAAGGCAUCGCCGAACUUACACAUCUGAUACUGAUUCUAGUGAUCAUGAACACAGCGAAAGAUAUAAAUCUAGUAGUAGGCGAUCAUCUGACAAAGACAGAAGUAGAAAGCGUCGUAUACACCACAAGCACAGAAGAAAAGAUCAUGUAGAUUAAACAUGAAUGGGAACUGCUGGAAUACGACUGUACAAACGAUGGAAGGUGCAGUGCAGGGCCAUUGGGUUUAGCAAACCAUGGAAGUUUGAUGAGAACACUGGGAGGUAUGGAAAAUUUGCUCACAGGAAGUAUUCUGCUCAUAUUGGCUUCAUUGCGUUCAUCACUUUUGCCCGAAGUUUUCUUUGUUGGAUUGGUGGAAUACCACUGUAGCAUUGCUAUACCACAAAGCAGUUUCAUGGAAAGGAAUCGCAAUCAUCUGGUCGCUUGUAGAAGUCUUAGGAAAAAGAUCUUGUUGAAGUAGCCGUGUUUGCAAAAAUGUUGAUCUUGAUAGCAAAUGGUUUGACUACAAAUCUAUGGUGUGUGUAAAACCGCAAGUUGUAUGAUAGCUAUUUUUUUAGUUUACUUAGUUAUAUGAUAAUGUAGUUUUGUUUUGUUUUACAGAAGGUAAUUAGGUUUUUGAGAAUGGUCAAAGCAUAGCGUAAUGGUUAAGGCUUCUGAGUAGAA